ACAGCAACGUUAAGGUGCUUUUAUUGCCAUGACAGUCAAAACAAUCUUCUACUCAACUUGCAGAGAAUGGGAACAAGUUGUGCUCAGUGAGCAAGCUAACAGCUAUUAGCAGGACAAACCAAUAUCAAUGCAUUUUAGGGAUUAAGCAACCAACUAACAAAGGCCAAAAAUCUCUCUGCAGCUGCGUUUAGGUCAGAUGUACAAUAAAUUAACUUCAGUUUUUACAAUUUAAUUCCUGUUGUCAAACUAGCUAACCUCAAACUAACAGACUGCAGUGAUGUUUAUUAAAAAAUAAUACUUUGCAGCUGAUAAAAACAUAAUAAUAAUAAUAGUGUAAAACUAUUUUGCAGUUGUUUUCCGCACAGCCUAAUAAUCUUCCAGUUGCACAAUGAAAACCUACUUUAGUAGCUGCAGCCGUUAGCUAGCUGAUAAUAAUGCGUUUCUAUCAAUUGAAUGGAUUUAAACAAUAUUGAAACACAUUCACAGAGAAAUAUUGCACCAUGCUAAGUAUGUGACUGAUUUCACCAAAGUUCAGUUCAACACUUUAUUAUUCCUGCUAUCGCUACUUUUUGUACUUUUGCUUUUUCUGUCUGUUUUGCUGCGUAACCUUUGACUUCUAAAGUUAGAAUUUGGACUUCAGCAGGUAUUACAGUACUUUUUGUUUACUUCUGUCCUUGGAGAACUACUGUACGUCUGUAUCAGACUGAAGCGGUUUAUAAUGAAAGUAAUGUGAUUUUGCAAGACAGAAAAGUAGGAUUUGGUAAUCACUGUGAUCAGUACAAGUUAGCAACAACAAUUAGCAAGCUAAAAACAAUACAUUCCUCUGAGGUUUAUGGAUCAAAAACACUAAGAACAUGGUUACUAACUAAAGUUGUGCAUUACUGUGUGUGUGUGACAGAUUUAUUCACAUAAAAAUUCACAUAAAAACGCAAAUAAACAUGCAUUACUGAUGCUAUCACAAAUAGCAUCAACAAAUAGCUGUCGCUGUCACAAUCUGUCUUAACCUCCGCCUAUGCGGCCUGCUCAGAGUGAAAACUAAUGUUUACAUCUUCACAACUGUGGAGCUCUUGAUUGAUUUCACAUCCAAGUUAGCCAUGUUAAAGAAAAAUAGAAAACGAAUUGAAUUUGCAAGUUGGUGGUUUGUGCCAAUGCUAACCGCUGUUGGCCAGAACCAUUAGCAGAGCAAUAGUUUUGCAUUUCUUUGCAUUUUAUGGAUUUCUAUACACUAGUAACACAUUCACAAAGAUUGUGCAUUACUUUUUUGUGUGACUGGAUUAUCAAGAUACAAUCACAAGUGAAAGUAAAAACUUCAUUACUGCUGAAGUCACUGGUUUAUGACGGGGUCAGCCAUAUUGGAUUCUAGGUAGUGUUUGUCGAGGAAAUGUACAAGUCAGGAUUUGGACUUCUGGUUGGAUUCCAGUUGAUUUUCCCAAGUUUCUGCUUUUAAAUUUAGAUUUUUACAAAUGUCUGGUAUAACCACUCAAUCUGUUAUUAGAUUAAAAUAGAUUAUAAUGCAAAUCAUGUCAGUUUGAGACGAUAAAAGUGCAAUAUUAAUGUUGAACCCAGCUCUUGAAACUAUUACAUACCCAUCUCUGUUGCAGGAUGGAAAACUAAUAGAAUUUUGUAAUUAAUGGCAAAUAAAUUUUUUAUUAGCAACAACUAUUAUUAAGCUAAUAGUGAUACACUUAUGUGAACAUUGAUUAAAAUCACUAACAAAACAAAUAUUUAACAGUAGCAUUGGAGUUUAUGACAUAGAAAUGGUCAAAAAUGCAAAUAAGCCUUUAUUACUGCUGAUAUUACAAUAAUUUAUAGACAUGAUAGGAUUUUGUGUCAGGGUUGGAGAGAAAUCUGAACUUUCUUCUAGAUGAGGAUUGAGUAUAAAUGUCUGGACUUGUUGGGGAACCAACUUUUCUCCAACUAAAACAUACUGAAAAUACUGUUUUGGGGGAAAUGUUGAUUUUGGGGCAGCAGGAGUUGUUUCAAAACUUUCCAAUAUAAAGUUUCAAUGAAACUUAAACUUAUUUCUCAAACUGAAGUUGCUUCAAGUAGUUAUUACUUCUGUUAAAGACCAAAUAUUAUUCAAAAAUGGUUUCUUUUAUGUAUUUCUAAUUAUUUUUGGUUGUUUGUUGCACCAGGUCUGAAUUAUUUUGAUGCUUCUUUCGUCUUGUUUUCACUUUUAUUUUUCUUGUACAAAAUAAACAACAGCUGAAACUUCCUGGAAUGGAUAAUAUAAGAUUUACGUUCAAAUUUAAGUUGCAGCUUGUCACAGCUGCAUGUCCGUCCUCUCUUAAUCACAACUGAAUACAAUUUUUUAAGUUUUUCUUUUCCCAAAAGGCAGAGAAUAUGUUGAGUAGGACUUGUUAUUGACCUUUCAGCUGUAUCGAUCCAAAAUGAAAGAUGGAGGACGGCCCGUUCAAAGAGGAAUGCUGCUGCUUCUUCUUUUUUUUUUUUUUUUUUUUGGUCAUGAAUGGGUUGAAAAGUAGCUUUAUUCAGCUCUUUUCCCUCCUUGCUGUGCCAACCCUGCCUCCCAGCACACAAUUACAAUGCAGGGCCCCACCCCCGCCAACACACACAUCAUUAGCGCACAUUAACACACAAACUCCCAGCCUGCCCCCUGAAGCAUUCGGACAGGAGGGGGUGGGUUUCCCCAACUAUUUAAACAGAUUCCAGCAGAUGGUUGAGGAACUUUCCUGCACUGCACUGCAGCCAACGGACCGAAGCUUCAUCAAUCCAGAACCAGAACAUUUUUAAAAAUCAACCCCGUCAAGACCACUGGAACAACAACAAAAAACUUCUUCAAAACAAGCUGCAGAGUUCCUCCAAGCUGCUAGAAAUUACUAUAGUCUCCUGGAAAUUGAUCUGUUGUGGAUCAGACAUCAGGCUGCUUCACUUGGUGAAGACCGUGGAGGGAAUGAUGCCGUCCAACUCCCUGACGCCUUUCCUGGAACUGGAUGAGGAGUUCUGCAAGAAUUUCUGCAGCCUGGAGGCGACAGAUGGCGCCUCUGGUGGCUCGAUGUCUCACAGUCAGAGAGUCCUGGGCUUCCAGAGACGCCACUCCCUCUGCCCCGUGACCCUGCCAAACUCCAAGUUCAACAGCGGCUUGGAGGCCGCGGAGCCGGCCUGCUGCUGGGGCCUCGGCCUGGCCUCCAGCCAGCAGAGGAGCAGGGCGCUGCCCCGCUCCUCCCUCAGUCACAUCCCCUUCCGGGUCGACCGCUCGGUCAGCAUGAUCGAGGGGAACCUGCGGGAGGACAAAACGCUGCCGCCACCGCCGGGUCUGUGCAUCAGCAAGCCGCCGCAGGCGCCGCCGCACAUCUCCAGCCGCUACAAAACGGAACUGUGCCGCACCUUCGAGGAGAGCGGCACCUGCAAGUACGGCGCCAAGUGUCAGUUCGCCCACGGCCUGGACGAGCUGAGGGGCCUCAGCAGGCACCCCAAGUACAAAACCGAGCCCUGCCGCACUUUCCACACCAUCGGCUUCUGUCCAUACGGCGCCCGCUGCCACUUCAUCCACAACGCAGACGAGGUGCAAGUCAUCGCAACCCAGAGGCACAAGCCACCAAUGCUGCGGCACAGCCUCAGCUUCGCGGGCUUCUCCUCUUCCUCCCACAUCUUCCAGCCGGUCCAGGAGCCUUCCUGCCUCCUCUUCACCCGGGCCUCCUCCGUCUCUCCUCCGCCCUCCUCCUCGGGGAGUCCGGAGCUGCUUUCGCCUCUCUUGCCUGAACCGGGGCCUCUCAAGCAUUGCUCAUACCCGUUCUCCGGUAUCGGCGACGGCAGAGACUCUUCUCUCUGCUUCUUCGCCUCCGGCAACCAGAACCUCCCGUUUUGGCUCCCCCAGCAGCCGCCGGCCUCCCUGAACAGCUUCCCCUCGCUGCAGCGAUGCUCCUCCGCCGACUCCCUCUCCGAGGAGGGCUACACCUCCUCCUGUUCCCUCAGCUCCUCCUCCAGCGGCACCGAGUCUCCCAGCUUCGAGGGUCGGCGUCUCCCCAUCUUCAGCCGCCUCUCCGUCUCAGACGAGUAGGGAGGAGUUUUGCUUUGAGGCUGAGUUCGAUCAGGAAUGGGUUUAAAUUUACAGAGUGUAACUUUUAC